AUGUAUGUGGAGCCUGAACAGGCUAAAUACGAUGAGAUUUCGAUACUGUCAGUACAAUGUGAACCAUCCUACAUACACGAUGGAUACUAUACGAGUUUAUGUUAUCUUGGUGUGUGGAAUCCCGACCCGUCAGAAACUGCAUGUCGUGAUAUCGUUACAUCAGGACGGACACCCACAGCAGAUAUUUUUACAACAGAAGAAGCACUCAUCACGGAUUUCAUUACAGCAGAACAAACAUCCACAGCAGAUAUCGCAACAACACAGAAAUCCACAUCAGAUAUCGUUACAACAGGCUGGAUACCCACAACAGAUAGUUUUACAACAGAACAAGCACUCAUCACAUAUUUCCUUACAGCAGAACAAACACCCACAGCAGAUAUCACAACAACACAAAAAUUCACAUUAGAUAUCGUUACAACAGGACCGACACCCACAGCAGAUAUUUUUACAACAGAAGGGGCACUCAUCACAGAUUUCAUUACAGCAGAUAUCACAACAACACAGAAACCCACAUCAGAUAUCGUUACAAAAGAACAGACAUCCUCAACAUAUAUUUUUACAACAGAAGAAGCACUCGUCACACAUUUCAUUACAGCAGAACAAACACCCACAGCAGAUAUCACAACAACACAAAAAUCCACAUCAGAUAUCAUUACAACAGGACAGACACCCACAACAGAUAUUUUUACAACAGAAGAAGCACUCAUCACAGAUUUCAUUACAGCAGAACAAAAAUCCACAGCAGAUAUCACAACAACACAGAAACCCACAUCAGAUAUCAUUACAACAGGACGGACACCCACAGCAGAUAUUUUUACAACAGAAGAAGCACUCAUCACAGAUUUCAUUACAGCAGAACAAACACCCACAGCAGAUAUCACAACAACACAGAAAUCCACAUCAGAUAUCGUUACAUCAGGACGGACACCCACAGCAGACAUUUUUACAACAGAAGAAACACUCAUCACAGAUUUCAUUACAGCAGAACAAACAUCCACAGCAGAUAUCACAACAACACAGAAAUCCACAUCAGAUAUCGUUACAACAGGCUGGACACCCACAGCAGAUAUUUUUACAACAGAACAAGCACUCAUCACAGAUUUCAUUACAGCAGAUAUCACAACAACACAGAAAUCCGCAUCAGAUAUCAUUACAACAGAACUAACACCCACAGAUAUUACUGCAACAACACAAAAACCCACAACAAGUAUCAUUACAAUAAAACAGAAACCGACAACAAAUGUUAUUACAAAAGACGAGAAACUUACAACAUAUAUCAUGACAACAGAACAAAAAUCCACAUCAGAUAUUAAAACAACACAUAAACCCACAACAGAUAUCGAACAGAAACCCACAACAUAUAUCGGUACAAUAGGACGGACAUCCACACCAGAUAUUAUUAAAACAGAACAAGCAUCUAAGACAUAUUUCAUUACAACAGAACAAACACCCACACGAGAUAUCACAACAACACAGACCCCCACAGCAGUUUUGAUUACAACAGAACAAACACCCACAACAGAUAUUACCUCAACAACAAUGAAACACAGAACUGAAUACCACACUCACGUCAGAAUCUACUACAUUGUCAAGCAUUUUAUCGACUCACAAAGAAACAUUGCCACCUCAUCCUGGAACUAUCCUAGCUACGGAGGCUACAACUAUCUUGUUCUCGACAACACAAAAGAAGAUGAACUCUAA